AUGAGAGUAAUUUGUAGAAACGUACCUCUGCAGAGUAAAUUUUUACCCAUGCGCAUGGUGGUGCGCAUCCGCGUUGGCGGUAGCAACAAGCAUGGACCUGUCCACCCAUCCUUGGGCGCAGUCACGUAUGAUCCUUUGGAGGGCAAAAGAGGAAGCAUACUUUUUUGGCAGAGAAAAGAAAGCUACUGCGUCUAUACGAAGAACCAAUUAAUCAGACGCUCUGAUGGAAGAUCCGCUGAAAACGAGAGUAGUAACGAAAAGGGGCAUAAAUGUGAUGAAAUUACGACCCACUGUGAUACCCGCGCGAAAGGACACAAGGCAGAAUGUAAUGGAAAAAUACUUAGAGACCUUAUUUGGUUGAGGAGGAUGCAAAAUAGAGAUUGCGAAAAGUUAAGGUUAAUAUGUCAACAUAUUUUCAGAAACAUUAAUUUUUACAGUUUAUACGAAAUAGCGGAUAUUUUAGAGUGCACCAAUUUUUUCAGAAUAAUUUUAAAAAAGGACCUUCAUAAAUUGGUGAGAAGACUCAAAGUGUUAACAUUUAAUCAGAAGGAAGAGGAAAAGGUCAUGUACGAAAUCAUCCCAAAUCUGUUAAGGAUAAAAGUCGCAAAGGAGCACCAGGAUAAAGCAUUAUCCUCCGCCCUUACAACCUUUAUAAAUGACUUGCUGCGCUAUUGGUUGAUAUUGCCUCGUUCAGAUAUGUGUAUCCCUACCCCCAGUUACUUAAGCUAUGUGUAUUUUGUAAAAGAGGUGCAGCUGAUUAUUCUCAACCAGUUCUGCUCAUGGUUGGAUGAAAAAUGUCUCGAUAAUUCAGUGUUGACUUUUUUACAGUCCUUUCAAAGUUCAGUAGGAAGAAAAAGUAGACACCUAGAUUACCCCUUUGUAAAAGAAGUCCGCGAAAUUUUAUUCAAAUUAAAUUGCCAAAUAGAGGUACUAAAUAUGUAUAACUAUAGUGUGCCCAUUUUUGUAAAGGACUUUAAUUUAAUUGUAGAAUGUAUAGGGAAUAAUGAUACUUUUCAGGGGACCCUUACUCUUACUCCGUAUUUUUCCGAACGCUAUGAGCUAUUUAAAAAGCUCGGUUUCAAAGUUUUGCUUCUCUAUAAGCACCUCCUGCCUAGCGCUGAGGAGGAUAUGUUAAAUUUUGUGAAGCAGUCAUUAUAUUCCAUCAUCAAGUAG